AUGUUUCCAAAGGGUAAUCUGGCUGUCACUCGCUGGGUAUGGAGGAGAAUGAGGAAGCUAUUUCUGUUACUUUCUUUCUUGCUGUCCCAUGCAGCUCAUUUGGAAGGCAAAAAGGAUAAUCAGUUCAUCUGGAAACCAGGCCCCUGGGGAAGGUGUACAGGAGACUGUGGGCCAGGAGGAAUCCAGAGUCGUGCCCUUUGGUGUUUCCAUUUUGAAGGGUGGACGAGUCACCUGUCUAACUGUGAUGAGAACAAUAGGCCUCCGAAGGAAAGAAGCUGCUUCCGAGUCUGUGACUGGCACAGAGACCUCUUCCAGUGGGAGGUUUCUGACUGGCACCACUGUGUGCUUGUUCCUCCCGCCCUGGGGCAAGCCAGACCUCGGGCUACAGAGUGCGUGACAGCCCAGCAUGGGCUGCAGCGCCGGACGGUGCGUUGUGUUCAGAAGCUGAACAGAACCAUGGCUGUGAAUGAGAUAUGUGAACACUUUGCCCCUCAGCCCCCCACGGAACAAGCUUGUCUCAUCCCUUGCCCGCGGGAUUGUGUGGUCUCUGAGUUCUCACAGUGGUCCAGGUGUAGCAAGGGAUGUGGGAAGCAGUUACAGCAUAGAACUCGCUCAGCCAUUGCCCCCCCUCUCUAUGGAGGGUUGCAGUGUCCCAACCUGACUGAGUCAAGAGCCUGUGAUGCUCCCAUUUCCUGUCCUCUUGGGGCAGAGGAAUAUAUGUUUAGCCUUAAAGUUGGACCGUGGAGUAAAUGUCGACUGCCUCUUCUCAAAGAACUCAACCUAAGUAGAAGAACCGUUCUGGAUUUUAACUCUGAUUCGAAGGAGCUGGUCACCUUUAGACAUCAAAGUUACAAGACACAUCACCAUUCCAAGUCCUGCGACAUAGAGAUAGGUUAUCAAACCCGCCAGGUUUGGUGUACAAGAAGUGACGGAAAAAAUGCUAUGUUAAGCCUUUGCACGCAAGAUUCCUUGCCUGUGACCAUCCAGUCCUGCAUCAUGCCGAAAGACUGCGAAACCACCGAGUGGUCCUCCUGGAGCCCCUGCUCCAAGACAUGCCGUUCAGGGAGCCUCUCGCCAGGGUUUAGAAGCAGGAGCCGGAACGUGAAGCACGUUGCUGUUGGAGGUGGAGAGGAUUGCCCUGAACUUCUUGAGAAAGAGGCCUGCAUCGUUGAAGGAGAACUUUUGCACUCAUGUCCCAGGUAUUCCUGGAGGACCUCUGAAUGGAAAGAAUGCCAAGUCUCUCUCCUCCUCGAGCAGCAGGACCCCCACUGGCAUGUGACAGGACCCGUUUGUGGAGGUGGGAUCCAGACCCGGGAGGUGUACUGUGCCCAGAGCACACCAGCAUCCACGGCACAGAGGGCCAAGGAAGUGUCUAGACCCGUGGAAAAGACUUUAUGUUUGGGACCUGCCCCUUCAGCUUCUCAGCUCUGCAAUAUCCCUUGCUCUACAGACUGUAUAGUAUCUUCCUGGUCAGCCUGGGGCUUGUGCAUCCAUGAAAACUGCCACGAUCCUCAGGGAAGAAAAGGAUUUAGAAUGAGACAGCGCCACGUGCUCAUGGAGUCCACAGGGCCUGCAGGGCACUGCCCUCACUUGGUUGAAUCUGUUCCUUGUGAGGAUCCAGUGUGUUAUCAGUGGCUGACAUCUGAAGGGAUCUGUAUCCCUGAUCGUGGCAAGUGUGGCCCCGGACAUCGCAUCCUGAAGGCUGUCUGCCAGAAUGAGCAAGGAGAAGAUGUGUCAGGGACUCUCUGCCCAGCAUCUCCUCCUCCUGAGCAGAUGGUGUGUGAAAUUCCCUGCCGGAUGGAUUGUGUGCUGAGCGAGUGGACAGAGUGGUCAUCCUGCUCCCAGUCUUGUUCAAAUAAAAACUCCGAUGGGAAACAGACCAGGUCAAGGACUAUCCUGGCGUUGGCUGGAGAAGGUGGAAAACCAUGCCCCCCUAGUCAGGCCCUCCAAGAAUAUCGUUCGUGCAAUGACCAUUCCUGUAUGCAACUCUACUGGGAGACAUCAGCUUGGGGCCCCUGUUCCGAAGACACAUUGGUAACUGCCCUUAAUGCAACCAUUGGCUGGAAUGGAGAAGCUACGUGUGGUGUGGGCAUUCAGAUGCGGAGGGUCUUCUGUGUCAAGAGUCACGUGGGACAAGUGAUGACAAAAAGAUGUCCGGAAUCUACUCGGCCGGAAACAGUACGCCCUUGCCUGCUCCCGUGCAAAAAAGACUGUCUUGUGACCGCCUUCAGUGAGUGGACGCCCUGCCCAAGACUGUGCCAACCAGGAAAUGCCACAAUAAAACAGUCUCGAUACAGGAUUAUCAUCCGAGAAGCAGCCAACGGAGGCCAAGAAUGUCCAGAUACCUUAUUUGAAGAGCGAGAGUGUGAAGCUGUGUCAUUGUGCCCCACAUAUCGGUGGAGGCCACAGAAAUGGAGCCCCUGUAUCUUAGUGCCAGAGUCUGUCAGGCAGGGAAUAAUGGGCACCAGUGAAACCUGUGGAAAGGGGGUGCAAACAAGAGCUGUCUCAUGCAUCUCUGGUAAUAACCAGUCGGCAGAAAUGACGGAAUGCCUCAAGCAGACAAAUGGCAUGCCUCCCCUUGUGCAAGAAUGUACAGUACCCUGUCAUGAUGACUGCACCUUCACUGCUUGGUCCAAGUUUACGCCCUGCUCCACGAAUUGUGAAACAACUCGAAGUAGACGGCGACAGCUCACAGGGAAAAGCAGGAAGAAGGAGAAAUGCCAGGAUGCUGACCUGUACCCUCUAGUGGAAACAGAACCAUGUCCUUGUGAUGUGUUUACAUCUCAUCCUUACGGAAAUUGGUCAGAUUGCAUUCUUCCUGAAGGCAGAAGGGAGCCUCAGAGAGGAUUGCGGGUACAAGGAGACAGCAAAGAAUGUGGAGAAGGCAUGCGUUUUCGAGCAAUAGCCUGCUCUGAUAAAAAUGGAAGACCUGUUGACCCCACCCACUGCAACAGCUCUGGUUAUAUUCAAGAAGAAUGUGUCAUCCCCUGUCCAUUUGAUUGCAAGUUAAGUGAUUGGUCUAGUUGGGGGUCUUGCAGUUCAUCUUGUGUUGGAGUGAGAAUUCGAUCCAAAUGGCUGAAAGAAAAACCGUACAAUGGAGGUCGCCCAUGUCCCAAAUUGGAUCUCAAGAAUCAGGCUCAGGUACACGAGGCAGUCCCGUGUUACAGUGAGUGCAAUCAGUAUUCCUGGGUUGUAGAACACUGGUCUCCAUGCAAAAUCCACAAUGAGCUGAGGUCCCUGCGCUGUGGAGGAGGAAUGCAAUCUAGGAAAAUCAGAUGCGUGAAUGCUGCCAAUGGUGAAGGGGGAGCAGUGGAUAACAGCCUUUGCAACCAGGAUGAAAUUCCCUCAGAAACCCAGUCCUGCUCUCUUCUGUGUCCCAGUGAAUGUGUCAUGUCUGAGUGGGGACCUUGGAGCAAAUGCCCACAGUCGUGUGAUCCACACACAACGCAGAGAAGAACCCGCCAUCUGCUGAGGCCCUCGCUGAGCUCAAGGACGUGCGCUGAAGACUCACAGGUGCGGCCCUGCCUCCUCAAUGAAAAUUGCUUCCAGUUCCAGUACAAUCUAACAGAGUGGAGCACAUGCCAGCUGAGUGAAAAUGCAACCUGUGGGCAAGGCAUCAGGACCCGCCUUCUGAGCUGUGUGCGCAGUGAUGGCAAGCCUGUUAGUGUGGACCAAUGUGAGCAGCGUAACUUGGAGAAGCCCCAGAGGAUGAGCCUUCGCUGCCUGGUGGAAUGCGUGGUCAACUGUCAGCUCUCGGGGUGGACGGCUUGGACAGAGUGCUCACAGACUUGUGGCCAUGGAGGUCGAAUGAUCCGGACUCGAUUUAUCAUUAUGCCAACCCAAGGAGAUGGACGGCCAUGCCCCACAGAGCUUACCCAGCAGAAAACCUGCCCAGUGACCCCCUGCUACAGCUGGGUCCUCAGCAACUGGUCUGCAUGUAAAUUGGAGGGUGGAGACUGUGGGGAAGGGGUCCAGAUCCGCAGCCUCUCCUGUGUGGUCCACAAUGGUUCAAUGUCUCACUGGACUGUACCUGUAGACAAUGCACUGUGUGGAGAGAUGCCCUUUCAAGACAGCAUCCUGAAGCAGCCAUGUUCUGUGCCUUGCCCAGGAGACUGCCAUUUAACGGAAUGGUCAGAGUGGAGCACGUGUGAACUGACCUGCAUCGAUGGAAGAAGCUUCGAGACUGUGGGUCGCCAGUCUAGGUCAAGGACAUUUAUAAUUCAGUCUUUUGAGAACCAAGACAGCUGCCCGCAGCAGGUUGUAGAAACACGCCCUUGUACAGGAGGUAAAUGUUAUCACUACACAUGGAAAGCAAGUCUUUGGAACAAUAAUGAACGAACUGUAUGGUGCCAACGUUCAGAUGGCAUUAACGUCACAGGAGGCUGUUCCCCUCAGGCACGCCCUGCUGCUAUUCGGCAGUGUAACCCGGCCUGCAGAAAACCUUUCUCCUACUGUACACAGGGUGGAGUCUGCGGCUGUGAGAAGGGCUAUACAGAGAUCAUGAGAUCCAAUGGUUUCCUGGAUUACUGCAUGAAAGUACCUGGCUCAGAGGACAAAAAAGCUGAUGUGAAAAAUCUUGCUGGGAAAAACAGACCUGUGAAUUCAAAAAUACAUGAUAUUUUUAAAGGAUGGUCUCUUCAACCCCUUGAUCCAGAUGGCCGAGUGAAAAUCUGGGUUUACGGCGUUUCAGGUGGUGGUUUUCUUAUCAUGAUUUUCCUAGUAUUUACUUCCUACCUUGUUUGCAAGAAGCCAAAACCACAUCAAAGCACACCUCCCCAACAGAAGCCUCUGACCUUAGCCUACGAUGGAGACUUAGACAUGUAACCUGAAAAAGAAAUCCAAAUGUAGACAUCAACUGCCUUAACUGCUUUCUCUUUUGUAGCUCUCAGAAUUCUCAGUUUUUUGAGGAAUCUCCUGAUGCGUUAUACGAGGCAGGAUACAAAUAUUGUGAAAGUAAUAUUGCCUCAACUUCAUUUGGACAUGGAGUCAAGGAUUAUUCUGUCUGCCAUUUUGCUUUCAAGUUGUUUGUGGGUGUGUUUAAUUCUUUGAUUUUCCCAAGGGACCUGAAAACCCUUCUCUUCCUGCUUGGAAAUGGGAAGAAGAAAAUAUGAUGGAAUUCCCACAGACUUGAGUAUAAACUUUAUCCUUAGCAGCAUGAUGACAAUCCGGAGGAAAGUCCAAUCAAGGCAUUUACUGUAAAUGAUGAGUCGCCUGACACUGCAUUGUUAUGCACUAUGUUAGUGCAAAUCCUUAUUCUUCCCAUACUUCAACACUGAGUUUUCUAGAGCUUACAUCGGUUCAAAGACUUUCAAAUUGGAUUGCCUAUUUUCAUGAACAUAGAGAGAAUGGGUUACCAUUUCAGAAAUUCUCUGAGUUUCUACCUUUACAAAUUGUAUUUUGUUUUGUAGCCAGGGGGAUGAUGGUACUUCAUGGGUUGCAUCUAUUGAAAACAAAUGGAAUGUGUGUAAUUCCUGGACUAGAUGAAAGCCAGGUGGUUUUGAAUGAAAUGUGUAUUGAAUGUUAGGGUGUACAAAUGAAGUAAUAGGUGGUUAUACUGGAGAAAGAGGUAAAUUAAUUAUUUCAUUACUAAAACUGUGUAUUUUAACAAAAACUUAGCCAUGUAGAUAUAGCAUUAACCAUAUACAGUUGUAAUUCAGUUUAAUGAUGAAAAACGCUGCUUUUGUAAUUUCAAUUUUCUUAUUAAAUAUUUAUAAAUUCUUUUUUUGAAUUUAAUUAUCUGACCUCAUUUAAUAUAUAUCGAACGCCGAUCCUGUUUGUAGCAAGUCUUGCUUUUAUAAGGUUUCAAUAAUAUCUAAAAGAACACAUGAAAAAGCUGAAACCAUUUUAUGAAGAUCAAUGUUUGUAAUUGUAGAUGUU